AUGGGUGCUCGUCCGCUGCUGUUGCUCCUGCUGCUGCUGCGGUUGCUGGCGGUAUGCGCCAGUGAGACCGGUGGAACAGGUGACACAUCGAAUGAAGGCAGGAUACCAUCAAUAGAUGAUAACGCAAAUGACAUAAAGAGUACUCCUACCGACGCAUCGAGUGAACCAAACACAGAUGAUGCAUUUACCCCCAUGUUGUCACAGAUCUCAACUAAUACUACAGAAACAACUGCAUCAGAUGAGAUGAGAAAAGAAGCGUCAGCCAAAACAGAUCAGACGGUUACAACACUAGAUACAACAGAGUCUACUACUACUGACAGUAGUAAUUCUGCUUCGACUGAUCCAUCUACAGAAGAUUCAUCUGUCCCUACUUCAACUGAGACCACAACUGAUACUACAGUUACAGAAGCUUCAACCUCAGAGCCAUCGACAACAGAAGGCUCAACUGCAACAGAUAACACAGAUACAACGCCACAUUCAACAGAGUCUACUACUGAUGACAUAACGAGUACUAGUACUUCUGCUUCGACUGAAUCAUCUACAGAAGAUUCAUCUGUCCCUACUUCAUCAGAAUCCACAACUGAUACUACAGUUACAGAAACUUCAACAUCUGAGCAAUCGACAACACAAGGCUCAACUGCAGCAGAAGACACAGAUACAACGCCAGAUGCAACAGAGUCUACUACUGAUGACAUAACGAGUACUAGUACUUCUGCUUCGACUGCACCAUCUACAGAAGAUUCAUCUGUCCCUACUUCAUCAGAGUCCACAACUGAUACUACAGUUACAGAAACUUCAACAUCAGAGCCAUCGACAACACAAGGCUCAACUGCAACAGAAGGCACAGAUACAACGCCAGAUGCAACAGAGUCUACUACUGAUGACAUAACGAGUACUAGUACUUCUGCUUCGACUGAACCAUCUACAGAAGAUUCAUCUGUCCCUACUUCAUCUGAGACCACAACUGAUACUACAGUUACAGAUGCUUCAACAUCAGAACAAUGGACAACAGAAGGCUCAACUGCAACAGAAGGCACAGAUACAACGCCAGAUGCAACAGAGUCUACUACUGAUGACAUAACGAGCACUAGUACUUCUGCUUCGACUGAACCAUCUACAGUAGACUCAUCUGAGACCACAACUGAUACUACAGUUACAGAAACUUCAACAUCAGAGCAAUCGACAACACAAGGCUCAACUGCAACAGAAGGCACAGAUACAACGCCAGAUGCAACAGAGUCUACUACUGAUGACAUAACGAGUACUAGUACUUCUGCUUCGACUGAACCAUCUACAGAAGAUUCAUCUGUCCCUACUUCAUCUGAGACCACAACUGAUACUACAGUUACAGAAGCUUCAACCUCAGAGCCAUCGACAACAGAAGGCUCAACUGCAACAGAUGACACAGAUACAACGCCACAUUCAACAGAGUCUACUACUGAUGACAUAACGAGUACUAGUACUUCUGCUUCGACUGAACCAUCUACAGAAGAUUCAUCUGUCCCUACUUCAUCAGAGUCCACAACUGAUACUACAGUUACAGAAACUUCAACGUCUGAGCAAUCGACAACACAAGGCUCAACUGCAACAGAAGACACAGAUACAACGCCAGAUGCAACAGAGUCUACUACUGAUGACAUAACGAGUACUAGUACGUCUGCUUCGACUGAACCAUCUACAGAAGAUUCAUCUGUCCCUACUUCAUCAGAGUCCACAACUGAUACUACAGUUACAGAAGCUUCACCCUCAGAGCCAUCCACAACAGAAGGCUCAACUGCAACAGAAGGUACAGAUACAACGCCAGAUAUAAUCGAGUCUACUACUGAUGACAUAACGAGUACUAGUACUUCUGCUUCGACUGAACCAUCUACAGUAGACUCAUCUGAGACCACAACUGAUACUACAGUUACAGAAACUUCAACAUCAGAGCAAUCGACAACACAAGGCUCAACUGCAACAGAAGGCACAGAUACAACGCCAGAUGCAACAGAGUCUACUACUGAUGACAUAACGAGUACUAGUACUUCUGCUUCGACUGAACCAUCUACAGAAGAUUCAUCUGUCCCUACUUCAUCUGAGACCACAACUGAUACUACAGUUACAGAAGCUUCAACCUCAGAGCCAUCGACAACAGAAGGUUCAACUGCAACAGAUGACACAGAUACAACGCCACCUUCAACAGAGUCUACUACUGAUGACAUAACGAGUACUAGUACUUCUGCUUCGACUGAACCAUCUACAGAAGAUUCAUCUGUCCCUACUUCAUCAGAGUCCACAACUGAUACUACAGUUACAGAAACUUCAACAUCUGAGCAAUCGACAACACAAGGCUCAACUGCAACAGAAGACACAGAUACAACGCCAGAUGCAACAGAGUCUACUACUGAUGACAUAACGAGUACUAGUACUUCUGCUUCGACUGAACCAUCUACAGAAGACUCAUCUGAGACCACAACUGAUACUACAGUUACAGAAACUUCAACAUCAGAGCAAUCGACAACAGAAGGCUCAACUGCAACAGAAGGCACAGAUACAACGCCAGAUGCAACAGAGUCUACUACUGAUGACAUAACGAGUACUAGUACGUCUGCUUCGACUGAACCAUCUACAGAAGAUUCAUCUGUCCCUACUUCAUCAGAGUCCACAACUGAUACUACAGUUACAGAAGCUUCACCCUCAGAGCCAUCCACAACAGAAGGCUCAACUGCAACAGAAGGUACAGAUACAACGCCAGAUAUAAUCGAGUCUACUACUGAUGACAUAACGAGUACUAGUACUUCUGCUUCGACUGAACCAUCUACAGUAGACUCAUCUGAGACCACAACUGAUACUACAGUUACAGAAACUUCAACAUCAGAGCAAUCGACAACACAAGGCUCAACUGCAACAGAAGGCACAGAUACAACGCCAGAUGCAACAGAGUCUACUACUGAUGACAUAACGAGUACUAGUACUUCUGCUUCGACUGAACCAUCUACAGAAGAUUCAUCUGUCCCUACUUCAUCUGAGACCACAACUGAUACUACAGUUACAGAAGCUUCAACCUCAGAGCCAUCGACAACAGAAGGCUCAGCUGCAACAGAUGACACAGAUACAACGCCACAUUCAACUGAGUCUACUACUGAUGACAUAACGAGUACUAGUACUUCUGCUUCGACUGAACCAUCUACAGAAGAUUCAUCUGUCCCUACUUCAUCAGAGUCCACAACUGAUACUACAGUUACAGAAACUUCAACAUCUGAGCAAUCGACAACACAAGGCUCAACUGCAACAGAAGACACAGAUACAACGCCAGAUGCAACAGAGUCUACUACUGAUGACAUAACGAGUGCUAGUACUUCUCCUUCGACUGAAUCAUCUACAGAAGAUUCAUCUGUCCCUACUUCAUCAGAGUCCACAACUGAUACUACAGUUACAGAAACUUCAACAUCAGAGGAAUCGACAACACAAGGCUCAACUGCAACAGAAGACACAGAUACAACGCCAGAUGCAACAGAGUCUACUACUGAUGACAUAACGAGUACUAGUACUUCUGCUUCGACUGAACCAUCUACAGAAGACUCAUCUGAGACCACAACUGAUACUACAGUUACAGAAACUUCAACAUCAGAGCAAUCGACAACAGAAGGCUCAACUGCAACAGAAGGCACAGAUACAACGCCAGAUGCAACAGAGUCUACUACUGAUGACAUAACGAGUACUAGUACGUCUGCUUCGACUGAACCAUCUACAGAAGAUUCAUCUGUCCCUACUUCAUCAGAGUCCACAACUGAUACUACAGUUACAGAAGCUUCACCCUCAGAGCCAUCCACAACAGAAGGCUCAACUGCAACAGAAGGUACAGAUACAACGCCAGAUAUAAUCGAGUCUACUACUGAUGACAUAACGAGUACUAGUACUUCUGCUUCGACUGAACCAUCUACAGUAGACUCAUCUGAGACCACAACUGAUACUACAGUUACAGAAACUUCAACAUCAGAGCAAUCGACAACACAAGGCUCAACUGCAACAGAAGGCACAGAUACAACGCCAGAUGCAACAGAGUCUACUACUGAUGACAUAACGAGUACUAGUACUUCUGCUUCGACUGAACCAUCUACAGAAGAUUCAUCUGUCCCUACUUCAUCUGAGACCACAACUGAUACUACAGUUACAGAAGCUUCAACCUCAGAGCCAUCGACAACAGAAGGCUCAGCUGCAACAGAUGACACAGAUACAACGCCACAUUCAACUGAGUCUACUACUGAUGACAUAACGAGUACUAGUACAUCUGCUUCGACUGAACCAUCUACAGAAGAUUCAUCUGUCCCUACUUCAUCAGAGUCCACAACUGAUACUACAGUUACAGAAACUUCAACAUCUGAGCAAUCGACAACACAAGGCUCAACUGCAACAGAAGACACAGAUACAACGCCAGAUGCAACAGAGUCUACUACUGAUGACAUAACGAGUGCUAGUACUUCUCCUUCGACUGAAUCAUCUACAGAAGAUUCAUCUGUCCCUACUUCAUCAGAGUCCACAACUGAUACUACAGUUACAGAAACUUCAACAUCAGAGGAAUCGACAACACAAGGCUCAACUGCAACAGAAGACACAGAUACAACGCCAGAUGCAACAGAGUCUACUACUGAUGACAUAACGAGUACUAGUACUUCUGCUUCGACUGAACCAUCUACAGAAGACUCAUCUGAGACCACAACUGAUACUACAGUUACAGAAACUUCAACAUCAGAGCAAUCGACAACAGAAGGCUCAACUGCAACAGAAGGCACAGAUACAACGCCAGAUGCAACAGAGUCUACUACUGAUGACAUAACGAGUACUAGUACGUCUGCUUCGACUGAACCAUCUACAGAAGAUUCAUCUGUCCCUACUUCAUCAGAGUCCACAACUGAUACUACAGUUACAGAAGCUUCACCCUCACAGCCAUCCACAACAGAAGGCUCAACUGCAACAGAAGGUACAGAUACAACGCCAGAUAUAAUCGAGUCUACUACUGAUGACAUAACGAGCACUAGUACUUCUGCUUCGACUGAACCAUCUACAGAAGAUUCAUCUGUCCCUACUUCAUCAGAGUCCACAACUGAUACUACAGUUACAGAAGCUUCAACCUCAGAGCCAUCGACAACACAAGGCUCAACUACAACAGAAGACACAGAUACAACGCCAGAUGCAACAGAGUCUACUACUGAUGACAUAACUAGUACUAGUACUUCUGCUUCGACUGAACCAUCUACAGAAGAUUCAUCUGUCCCUACUUCAUCAGAGUCCACAACUGAUACUACAGUUACAGAAACUUCAACAUCAGAGCAAUCGACAACACAAGGCUCAACUGCAACAGAAGACACAGAUACAACGCCAGAUGCAACAGAGUCUACUACUGAUGACAUAACGAGUACUAGUACUUCUGCUUCGACUGAACCAUCUACAGAAGAUUCAUCUGUCCCUACUUCAGCAGAGUCCACAACUGAUACUACAGUUACAGAAACUUCAACAUCAGAGCAAUCGACAACACAAGGCUCAACUGCAACAGAAGACACAGAUACAACGCCAGAUGCAACAGAGUCUACUACUGAUGACAUAACGAGUACUAGUACUUCUGCUUCGACUGAACCAUCUACAGAAGAUUCAUCUGUCCCUACUUCAUCAGAGUCCACAACUGAUACUACAGUUACAGAAACUUCAACAUCUGAGCAAUCGACAACACAAGGCUCAACUGCAACAGAAGACACAGAUACAACGCCAGAUGCAACAGAGUCUACUACUGAUGACAUAACGAGUACUAGUACUUCUGCUUCGACUGAACCAUCUACAGAAGAUUCAUCUGUCCCUACUUCAUCAGAGUCCACAACUGAUACUACAGUUACAGAAACUUCAACAUCAGAGCAAUCGACAACACAAGGCUCAACUGCAACAGAAGGCACAGAUACAACGCCAGAUGCAACAGAGUCUACUACUGAUGACAUAACGAGUACUAGUACUUCUGCUUCGACUGAACCAUCUACAGAAGAUUCAUCUGUCCCUACUUCGUCAGAGUCCACAACUGAUACUACAGUUACAGAAGCUUCAACCUCAGAGCCAUCGACAACACAAGGCUCAACUGCAACAGAAGACACAGAUACAACGCCACAUUCAACAGAGUCUACUACUGAUGACAUAACGAGUACUAGUACUUCUGCUUCGACUGAACCAUCUACAGAAGAUUCAUCUGUCCCUACUUCAUCAGAGUCCACAACUGAUACUACAGUUAUAGAAACUUCAACAUCAGAGCAAUCGACAACACAAGGCUCAACUGCAACAGAAGACACAGAUACAACGCCACAUUCAACAGAGUCUACUACUGAUGACAUAACGAGUACUAGUACUUCUGCUUCGACUGAACCAUCUACAGAAGAUUCAUCUGUCCCUACUUCAUCAGAGUCCACAACUGAUACUACAGUUACAGAAACUUCAACAUCUGAGCAAUCGACAACACAAGGCUCAACUGCAACAGAAGACACAGAUACAACGCCAGAUGCAACAGAGUCUACUACUGAUGACAUAACGAGUACUAGUACUUCUGCUUCGACUGAACCAUCUACAGAAGAUUCAUCUGUCCCUACUUCAUCAGAGUCCACAACUGAUACUACAGUUACAGAAACUUCAACAUCUGAGCAAUCGACAACAGAAGGCUCAACUGCAACAGAAGACACAGAUACAACGCCAGAUGCAACAGAGUCUACUACUGAUGACAUAACGAGUACUAGUACUUCUGCUUCGACUGAAUCAUCUACAGAAGUUUCAUCUGUCCCUACUUCAUCAGAGUCCACAACUGAUACUACAGUUACAGACACUUCAACAUCAGAGCAAUCGACAACACAAGGCUCAACUUCAACAGAAGACACAGAUACAACGCCAGAUGCAACAGAGUCUACUACCGAUGACAUAACGAGUACUAGUACUUCUCCUUCGACUGAACCAUCUACAGAAGAUUCAUCUGUCCCUACUUCAUCAGAGUCCACAACUGACACUACAGUUAAAGAAACUUCAACAUCAGAGCAAUCGACAACACAAGGCUCAACUGCAACAGAAGACACAGAUACAACGCCAGAUGCAACAGAGUCUACUACUGAUGACAUAACGAGUACUAGUACUUCUGCUUCGACUGAACCAUCUACAGAAGAUUCAUCUGUCCCUACUUCAGCAGAGUCCACAACUGAUACUACAGUUACAGAAACUUCAACAUCAGAGCAAUCGACAACACAAGGCUCAACUGCAACAGAAGACACAGAUACAACGCCAGAUGCAACAGAGUCUACUACUGAUGACAUAACGAGUACUAGUACUUCUGCUUCGACUGAACCAUCUACAGAAGAUUCAUCUGUCCCUACUUCAUCAGAGUCCACAACUGAUACUACAGUUACAGAAACUUCAACAUCUGAGCAAUCGACAACACAAGGCUCAACUGCAACAGAAGACACAGAUACAACGCCAGAUGCAACAGAGUCUACUACUGAUGACAUAACGAGUACUAGUACUUCUGCUUCGACUGAACCAUCUACAGAAGAUUCAUCUGUCCCUACUUCAUCUGAGACCACAACUGAUACUACAGUUACAGAUGCUUCAACAUCAGAACAAUGGACAACAGAAGGCUCAACUGCAACAGAAGGCACAGAUACAACGCCAGAUGCAACAGAGUCUACUACUGAUGACAUAACGAGUACUAGUACUUCUGCUUCGACUGAACCAUCUACAGAAGAUUCAUCUGUCCCUACUUCAUCAGAGUCCACAACUGAUACUACAGUUACAGAAACUUCAACAUCAGAGCAAUCGACAACACAAGGCUCAACUGCAACAGAAGGCACAGAUACAACGCCAGAUGCAACAGAGUCUACUACUGAUGACAUAACGAGUACUAGUACUUCUGCUUCGACUGAACCAUCUACAGAAGAUUCAUCUGUCCCUACUUCGUCAGAGUCCACAACUGAUACUACAGUUACAGAAGCUUCAACCUCAGAGCCAUCGACAACACAAGGCUCAACUGCAACAGAAGACACAGAUACAACGCCACAUUCAACAGAGUCUACUACUGAUGACAUAACGAGUACUAGUACUUCUGCUUCGACUGAACCAUCUACAGAAGAUUCAUCUGUCCCUACUUCAUCAGAGUCCACAACUGAUACUACAGUUAUAGAAACUUCAACAUCAGAGCAAUCGACAACACAAGGCUCAACUGCAACAGAAGACACAGAUACAACGCCACAUUCAACAGAGUCUACUACUGAUGACAUAACGAGUACUAGUACUUCUGCUUCGACUGAACCAUCUACAGAAGAUUCAUCUGUCCCUACUUCAUCAGAGUCCACAACUGAUACUACAGUUACAGAAACUUCAACAUCUGAGCAAUCGACAACACAAGGCUCAACUGCAACAGAAGACACAGAUACAACGCCAGAUGCAACAGAGUCUACUACUGAUGACAUAACGAGUACUAGUACUUCUGCUUCGACUGAACCAUCUACAGAAGAUUCAUCUGUCCCUACUUCAUCAGAGUCCACAACUGAUACUACAGUUACAGAAACUUCAACAUCUGAGCAAUCGACAACAGAAGGCUCAACUGCAACAGAAGACACAGAUACAACGCCAGAUGCAACAGAGUCUACUACUGAUGACAUAACGAGUACUAGUACUUCUGCUUCGACUGAAUCAUCUACAGAAGUUUCAUCUGUCCCUACUUCAUCAGAGUCCACAACUGAUACUACAGUUACAGACACUUCAACAUCAGAGCAAUCGACAACACAAGGCUCAACUUCAACAGAAGACACAGAUACAACGCCAGAUGCAACAGAGUCUACUACCGAUGACAUAACGAGUACUAGUACUUCUCCUUCGACUGAACCAUCUACAGAAGAUUCAUCUGUCCCUACUUCAUCAGAGUCCACAACUGACACUACAGUUACAGAAACUUCAACAUCAGAGCAAUCGACAACACAAGGCUCAACUGCAACAGAAGGCACAGAUACAACGCCAGAUGCAACAGAGUCUACUACUGAUGACAUAACGAGUACUAGUACUUCUGCUUCGACUGAACCAUCUACAGAAGAUUCAUCUGUCCCUACUUCAUCUGAGACCACAACUGAUACUACAGUUACAGAAGCUUCAACCUCAGAGCCAUCGACAACAGAAGGCUCAACUGCAACAGAUGACACAGAUACAACGCCACAUUCAACAGAGUCUACUACUGAUGACAUAACGAGUACUAGUACUUCUGCUUCGACUGAACCAUCUACAGAAGAUUCAUCUGUCCCUACUUCAUCAGAGUCCACAACUGAUACUACAGUUACAGAAACUUCAACAUCUGAGCAAUCGACAACACAAGGCUCAACUUCAACAGAAGACACAGAUACAACGCCAGAUGCAACAGAGUCUACUACUGAUGACAUAACGAGUGCUAGUACUUCUCCUUCGACUGAAUCAUCUACAGAAGAUUCAUCUGUCCCUACUUCAUCAGAGUCCACAACUGAUACUACAGUUACAGAAACUUCAACAUCAGAGCAAUCGACAACACAAGGCUCAACUGCAACAGAAGACACAGAUACAACGCCAGAUGCAACAGAGUCUACUACUGAUGACAUAACGAGUACUAGUACUUCUGCUUCGACUGAACCAUCUACAGAAGAUUCAUCUGUCCCUACUUCGUCAGAGUCCACAGCUGAUACUACAGUUACAGAAACUUCUACAUCAGAGCAGUCAACAACAGUAGGCUCAACUGCAACAGAAGAGACAGGUACAGCGCCAGAUACAACUGUGUCCAGCCCAUCAUCGUCCUCAACUGAAGCUGACUCAACCACAACAACACAAUCGACAUCAGGAAGCUCUUCCAUGUCGUCAGAAUCGUCUACAGAGUCUACUACUGACCCCAUUACAACAAAUGUUACAAGUACGUCCACAACUGAAAUUCCAGGAUCCUCGACUACAACGCCAGCUCCACCGCCUCCUCUGAUUCAAGGAGAUGUCACGGAUGAACAGAAUAUUACGUGCAUUUCUAUAACCAUGUCAGUUAUUAUUGAAGUACCUUACAUCACGACUGGUAAUGAGCACAAGACGGCGAAUGUAACAGUUCCCGAAAAUGCUGAAAUUACUGGAAAUUGUGGCGAGGAAAUCCAAAACGUUUCAAUUGUCUGGGAUCCUCCAACAACACAGAAACGUUGGCGAAGGGAGAUUCCGAAAGACAAGAAUCAUUUACUAAUGAGUAUACAAAAGUCUGCAGAUGGUCAGCGAUACCAUAUUGGUAGCGCUGAAAUAAUGGUUAUCCUGGACCCUGUCAACUUCCCAGACGCUAAGGAUCGAGAUACGCCAUUCACUUCAGCUGUUACUGAUGCAGAACUGUUUCAAGUGGAAUUUGGCAAAGGAAUGCAGUGCCAGCAGACCACUACAAUCAAGGGGACUAAUGAUGCCAUCAUUCAUAUGGAGAAUGUGAAAUAUUAUGCCUACAACAAUCAGGCUGGGGCUGAUUCAGAAAUUACCUAUAUCAACUGUGACCAACCACAAUCAAGUUACCUGACUGCUGCUACUAUAAUAGCAAUUGUCUUAGGUGCAGUACUUGCAGCUGUUGUACCUUUAAUUAUAUUUUUCACUGUUGUACAUAGAAAGAAAUGUGGAAUGUAUUCACUGAACCCAUGAAAGAAGGCAUGUUUGACUGUGUAGUGAGUUCCUACUUAAUGCUCAUUUGUAAACUUAUUCUUGCAACUUUGCAAAUCAUAUGUCUAACUGUCACACAAAGUUAUGUGGCAAAUUUAUUAUUUACCUAUCUAGAAGGAAAUGUCAAUUAUCAUGCAUCAUUGCUUCUGAUUAUGUAUUGACAUAAAGUAAGACCAUACUCAUCUUUUAAUGAUCUGUCUUUUGUAAAAAAGUUGGUUUAAUAUUUUAAAGUAUCCACCACACUCAUUCAUAGUUCUCUAUGAUAGUAUAAGCCAUUAUGAUCAUACCUUGCCUACAAGGCAAACAGUCAAUUCAUUCAUUGUAUAAUACUUCUCACCAGUAAUUUAUUUUCAGUGACAAUUUGUGUUAUGUUUUGAAUUAAUGUAAGGUUUUCUGUCUGUAACCAUAUGUGAUACCAACUGCAAAGUACACUAUUAUACAUUCAGUCACUGUAAUAACAAGCCUUGUCAUUUAUGAAAGUGUUUUGGAGAUGCAUACAUUAUGGUUCUUGAUUUAGCAGUCAGCUCUUCAUCAUUUAACAUUGUACUUAUAUAAUGCUAUUCAAUGAAGAAUUGCCAUUUGUGAAAAUUCUGUGGCAGUGUUACAGAUUAUAUAUGACAUAUUAUCACUGGUAUUGCAUUUUUCAAUAUCUUUUGAUACGCUAUGCUUUUUGUUAUAGAAAAGCCAAUAGCAUGAUCUAUAUCAGUAGCAAUUAGAUUUCUUUGUAUUCUGUAUAAGUUAAUUUGUAAAGCUAUUACAUACCUUCUUGUGUGUGCGAGCAUGCAUGUGUGUGUGUGUGUGUGUGUGUGUGUGUGUGUGUGUGUGUGUGUGUGUGUGUGUGUGCCCACAUGUGCAUGUCGUCUAGUACAGAAGAUGAUAUUGUAUUUAAACAGAUUUUGUAUGUCAGUAUAUAUAAAUAACAAAUCAAUUGUCACUAUCUUUUAUUUUAAAGAGAGGCCCUAUGUAUUUAUAUUAUUUUUACACCCUUCAAAAUGAUACUACAAAGUAAGGACAUGUAUGAAAAUAUAUUUAAUUUUUAUACAUUCACAGAUGCUUUUUGCGAUAUUGUUUAAUCCAGCGAGUAGCCUAGUUACACUAUGUUGCUACAGAUGGAGUGUGACUGGUCUUUUUAUCCUGAAAAAUAUUUAUUUUCAUUCCUUCUUCCCUAAAAAAUAAGUAAUCUAAAUAGUUGUUGAGUUUUUUUUAUAAAUGUAACUUGCCAAUAAGAUGUUAAUUGUGUAUCUAAUGCUGAGAUACAAAUAAUACAUUUCACAUUUGGAGCAAUAUAAUUAGUACUGGCCUCUGUAAUUCAACAAAAUCAUAUACUAUGGAAUACUAAUAAACUACAAGGAUAUUAUAUUGUGUCAUGAGAAAAUGAAUUUAUUGUUUGUGUGUUAUUCUCCCUUUUGGAUGUUGCAGCUAUCUGCCAUGCUCUUCUGUUAACAGCCAUGGAGUGGACUUACAGCACUGAUACAAUCACUUUCUUAUUGAUAACAUAUAGUAAUGAUGAUGUAGUUGCCAAAUUCACAUAUUAAA